CGAAGCCGCGGAGUGCUGAGUUUGUGAGAUACUUCAAAUACUCAGCCAUUCCCAAGCAUAGAGAAGAAGAUUCCCCAAACCACUUCUCAGCAAAAUCUCAUCAUUCCAUUCCCAUUUUCCCCAUCCACUCUCAAUCCGAGCAUCGCCCGCGACGACCAAUGAUUCGGACUUGAGUUUCGGAGAAAGCAUCGACUGAAUCGUACUGUUAUUGGUUAGAAUAUCUGCAAUGUUCACUAACGACUCGGAGGGAGAGGUCGUUAUGUUGCUCGAUAUGCGAACGGUUGAGAAAGAGAUGGAUAAUGACAAUCUACUGCAUCGGAGCUGCUCGGGGGAUCCUAAUUUAGAAACCGUUUCGUUUUCCGUUUCCGAAGCUAAUAAUAAUGGUGGAUGUUCACCUGUCUCCAAGAAUGUUGUAUCACCUGUUCCACCGCGGAAGAUCAAAACGGAGGAUUUUAUGGAUUCAGAAAAUGAAAAAUCUGAUUACGACUGGCUCCUCACACCACCUGGCACCCCACUCUUUCCAUCAAUGGAGACGGAAUCACAGAAAAAUGCAACCAAUAAGAAUGAUAUGAUGAUUUCUCGUUCCACUGCUCUGAAGCCUAGGCUAGUAAACAUCCAGGAAGAGUGCAACUCUGUGAGUAACAUUGCGUCCAAGCAUCCGAAUUUGCAAUCUGGACAACUAAAUUCUGCAUGUGCUACCAAUAAAAAGCCAUCGUCAAAGGCUUCUUCAGCUACUGCUUCAAGAUCUGCGACACCAACUUCACGCCCAACAUUAUCUAAAACUACAAAGCCUUCAAGAUCAGCCACACCAACUUCACGAGUCAACACCAAAGCUUCAGCCCCUCCCGUGAGAUCUUCAACGCCUGCAAAAACUACUGCUCAGUCAUCAACACCAACUGAAAAAUCCGUGUCAACUACGAAGCAAACAUCAAGAUCAGCAACUCCUAAUCGCUGUCCAUCAAAGCCAACAUGUUCAUCUAUCGCAUCACGUCCCAAUGGUCGGUCAUCUUCGACGUCAAAAUCUAAUGCUAGAAGUUCUAGUAAUCCAAGACCUUCAAGGAGCACCUUUCCAUCCAUUAAAACCAGACCUUCAAAACCCUCCGAGGCGCCAAAUUUCCCGCUUGAUGAAGCUGCAAGUUCAAUGCCCGAAAGGCCGGUUUCAACGACCAAGGGGAGGCCAAUUGUGGCCAGUAGUUCUAAAUCUUCAUCCGGUAGGACUAUGUCUAAUGGGAAAACUAGGCAGAAACCAAGCUCUCCUUCGAAGCAACUUGCCUCAAAUGGAAGCAGUGCAUAUAACAGUGGCAAAGUAUUUCCAUUCAAGCCAAGAAUACGUUCCGCUGAUGAUAAUGAGGUUAGCCCCGUGGUCAUGGGAACAAAGAUGGUUGAAAGGGUAGUGAACAUGAGAAAGCUCGCCCCUCCGAAGCAAGGCGACUACCGCCCAAGCAUUGGUGAUCCUUCCAGUAAGUCCUCUGUUGACAUCCCUGGCUUUGGAAGGACACUUUCAAACAAAUCAUUAGAUAUGGCUUUGAGGCAUAUGGAUAUAACACGAAGCAUUUCGGGUAAAGUUCGCUCAGUGAUAACAAAAACUCACACUUCCUCCAUGAACAAUGGCAGUUCAAGGUCCACAAAAGCUGGAACGACUGGAUUUUCUGACUCUCCCCUUGCUACAAGCAGCAAUGGAAGUUCUGCACCAAGUGCAUGGAGUAGUUCGAUUCACCUGGAUGACAGCGAGAUCGAAGAUAACGAGCUUUCCACAGAGAUGGUCUCAUCAUAGGAAGCUCCAUUGCAAAACAUUACCAGGUUCUUCCAACUGCUAAUUUUUUGCAGUAUAACUCAUGAAUCCAUUCUAAGGAGAGUUUGUAGUUAUGUAUAAUUAGUGUUAUAGUAAUUGUAUGGAUCUUCUAUGUGAUCUAAGAGAAGAAAUUGUAUUCUAGUUGAGGAAUUUGAAGAGAUCCUUCAUAUGGCAAUGAUAUUGUUGCUGUGUUGUAGGAAUCUCCAUGGUAAUGACUUCAAAUGGCCAACCAAAUUAACAUUUUAUGUUACAUAAUUUUACUUCUGUUAAA